AUGGGUUCAACAUUUCAAAUCGAUGGGAUUGAGAAUGAUCCAAAAAACUCGGAAAUAAAACAGAUCAAGCUGACCGCACGCGACUUCAAUCUUACUCUUCUGGACGAAAUGAAAGCAAAAGUAAAACAAUCUUCUCAAGCUACUCUCAGCAUCUUGCUCGUCCGUUAUCUAAAUGAACUCGGUGAAGAUAGAAUCAGCAAGCGUUAUUUGAAUCAGAUUGUCGACAGUAAGCAGCUUGAGAAUGAUCCUAAUUUGGUGUCAGUGUAUAAUUGUCUCGGAACGAUUCAUUUCCGACAGACUUUGUAUGGUGAAGCUUUGGAUUACUAUCGAAAAGCGCUUAACACCCAAGCACGAUUACAAUUCUCCAAUAACAAUGCUCUGGCCGAAAUCUUCAAUAAUAUUGGUCAGACUCAUCUUGGACUCAAUCACUUAGACGAGGCUGAGCAAAAUCUCGAAGAAGGUAUUCGUAUUCAAAAGCGAGAGGCCAAACAUGCACAACAACAUCUUGCUUCGCUUUAUUGCAAUGUGGGCCAAGUCGCUUACGCUCGGCAGGAUUAUGACGAAGCUGAGAAACACUUUCAGCUCUCCUAUGAUUUGUACAAUCGAAAUACCAAGAUUUCCCAUGAUGCUCUGGGAAAACGCUUACUCAAAGCUGAUUUGUGUAUUGCUUUUGGUCAUCUUAAAAGCGUACAAAAUCCAAAAGAUCCAACGGAAGCUAAUGAAAAAUUCAUCGAAGCACUGAAAAUUUACGAGUCGACGCUGCCUUCUAGCCACCCAAAAGUGGCGGAAUCCCACAUUGAUAUUGUUUGCGAAUACGCUCGCAAUAAAAAGUUUCCAUCAGUUAUCAAAUACCAAAAUGAAAAUUUUAUGGGAUUGUUGAAAGACUAUGAAGAAAAACCAGCCACCAGUCAACAAGAUUUGGCCACUCUCUGUGCAAUCAUCGGUGCUUGUUUUGCACACGAAGGAGAAUCUGACAAGGCCAUGGAAGCCUGGAAGAAAGGCAUUGAACACGAGCAAAAAGCGUUUCUCGACCAACUUCUCUCCUCGAUUCGAGUCUCAAAAGUCGAAUUGCCCGCACGGUUGGUCCAAAGUGCAUAUCGUGUGGCACUCGAUCACUAUACGAACACAAAAGAUGCCUCAAAAGAAUAUCUUGGAAUCCUUUAUGCAAAAACGUAUAUGUAUGGCCAACCCAUCGGAUCUCUUCGAGGACAAAAUUCGAUUGUUCUUGCAAACAUUUACAUUUUGCAACGGGACUUCAAAGAAAGCAUGCUUGUUUACAAAUGGAUUCUAGGACUCAAAGCCUAUGAUCUCACACUGCUUAUAGGAAUACCCUUGCAAAUGUUGACAGCAACAAAGACGACUGUUCCUAAUGAGGAACCUAUCGAAGAACUGAUUCGAACUGACAAAAUCUUGGCCAACAAGUUAGCGGAUAACGAAGUGAUUCGUCUGCGUAUGAUUAUCAACGACUGCCUUGCGGAAACUUACCUAUCACUCAAAAAAUACGACGAAGCCCUUCAGCGUUCUCAAAUGUCAUUUGAAUUGAAACAACGUCAUUUCUCUUCUUAUCAUCCCAGUCUCGCGCGCAAUCGUCUGCUCGCCGCAUCAUGCAGUUUUCAACGAGGAGACUACAAAAACGCUGUGCAAUACUGUGAAAAAGCUGUUGAAAUUCAGCUGGACAAUAUGCCCAGUGGCCAUGCAGAUAUUCGUUCAAAUUAUUUUCUCAUGGGAGAUUGUUACUGUAAAAUGUACAAAAUCGAAUUAGCAACUGAAUUCUACGAUCGAGCACAAGCAUCCAAUGAGAUCGAUGCCGAUGAUGAUCGAGAGAUGAAACGAGAUGUUAAAGCACUUAUUCGUAUGCAUUCGAAUCUGGCCAAUGUUUUUGCUAAACAAAAAGAUUUCGCUUCAGCACGCACUCAUGAAGAAGAAAAGAUGGACAUUUUCAAAGAAAUUCUCCCAGCGUUCAUUGUCGAACUAAUCGAAGAUGAAGACGCUUCAUCAACGACAUUUGAUAAUCUACAGACAACAUUAACGACUCGCUUGGGUCUUGCCAAUGGAAAAACAUUUGCUCAAGUUCUACGCAACUUUGUUUUCAUUUAUUCUUCCCUGGGUCGCGCUUUUCAAGGGGGAAAAGGCGGAUCCGGGAUCCCCGUAGAACCGCCAAGAUUCCCACGGAUCCGCCAAGAUCCCCACAGAUCAGUCUCAAUAUUUUUCCGCUAA